CGGCGCAUGCGCACUGAGCAUGUCUGUCAUGAGUAAGUGGCUAUUUAGUAAGAAAACAAAGGCAGGCGUCUCUUAUUCUACAGCUGCGGAGGUUUGACGAUGGAGCAUCUGUACUGCUUAUGUGGAUGCAAAAGGAAACAGUAAUCCUUCUCUGUCACUGACAUCUUCUGAAACAGCUCGUUGUGGAGGCGCUGGAUUUCUUCAUUCCGCGCGAAUUUUCUACAGGAAUCAUUAAGAUCCACAGGUCUUCAGAUUCAUGAGCAUCGACAUGGAACAGCAGCGUCCACUUCUACUUUAAGACGUUUACGGAUGUUAUCUCGUACUUACACAGGAACACUCUGUCUGAGACGCCGCCCUGUUGUUAGAUCUCCCAGCAUGGCAACUCACAUGAGGCUUGUGUUGCAUUUGCUAUUGCUGUUCAUAUUUGCUGUGCAGGAGGUCAGGCUGGUGUGUGUGGACGUGGCAUCAGACACAGAGGCCGUCGUAGGCCGUGUUAUGAAGUUAACCUGCAUCUACUGCAUGAAACGAGAGGAGAUCUCUGCCGAGACCAAAGUGGACUGGUUCUUCAUUGGAGAAGAUAAAAGAAAAGUGCUUAUCUAUCAGUUUGAUCGUGAGCCACAGAUGCCAGAGGACGUAGAAAUGUACUGGAAGGACCGUCUGACAUGGAAGGGCAGCCAGGACCUUCAGGACAUCUCCAUUAGCAUCCUAAACGUUACUCUUAAUGACUCUGGCACAUACGAAUGUGAGGUGUCACGCUUCUUUGAGUUCAAUUCAUUCAAGCAUUCCACUACCAAGAAAACAACAAUCGAUCUUAAGGUAAAAAUGAAAGCAAGUCGAGACACCACGGCGCUAUACUCAGAGAUCAUGAUGUAUGUGCUGCUGGUGUUCCUCACAUUCUGGUUGCUGGUGGAGAUGAUCUACUGCUACAGGAAGAUCUCCAAAUCCGAGGAACAGGUGCAGGACACUGCGACAGACUACUUAGCCAUUCCCUCUGAAAAUAAAGAAAACCCCGGCCCUGCUGUAACAGAAUAAAAGUCGCACAGCAUUACGGUACUGACGAUUCUUAAUAGCAACCGGUUUAAAAUGGAGAAUCCAGGAAACCUGCCAAAUCAAAUCCCUCUUGUCUUGAUAAUGUGAUAUGUGGAAGAAACUCUCGACUGGUUCAUUAUCUCCCAGUCUCGAUGGAGGUCAGCAGUAACACACAUCUAAUCUCAGACGGAUGAGGAUCUCUAUGUGUCUGUCCUCAACUUUUGCCUUAGUAGAGACACAAAUACAGCAGCCCGGAGCUGAAGAGCUAUCAUACUGCCUAUAGACGCAC